AUUCAAACUUCAAGAAACGAAAACGUCUGGUGAGGAAACGGAGUUGUUUCCACGAGCGGAAGAAACAGAAGAUAACAGGAGUUGGUAUGUAAGUUUUUGAUAUUUUACGUAUCUGUAUGUGACAAAAUGUAUUAUUUCCUAUUAAUUUAAAGUAAGGAGCGUAAAAGUACGACGAAAUUAAGUUAUGUUAUUGAAAGCUGACAAAGGAGGACAGGUGCAGUGGCGUAUGUAACGUUCAUGAACGGCCAGUCUUCACGAACUUUAUUUCUCUUUGGCUUGAUUAAAAGUGACCUUCACUUCAAUUGAUAGACUAGGUGUUGAAUUUAACAGUUAAAGCUGUCUGUGUUCAUUGAUCAUCAAAUGUGCCCCUAACAGAAGACCAGCUGAAAAACCAACCGAGCAGCCAUGACAUCUAAAGGUGCUAAGGACACCUUUGUUACAAAGCUGGGUUUCAAAUCCAGCAGCUCUGCGUCCAAAGCUGAGGCAGAGCUGGACAAAGUUAGAAAGGAGAAUGCUCACCUCAGGAGAAAGAUCGAUGAAAUGGCCAAACGACACAUCAAACCGCCUGACUCAGACAAAAGCAAGCUGCUGGAAGUAAGAACAGCCUCUCUUGUCAGUUUCCUGUAUGACCAUCAGUCUGUUGGCAGCUUUUAGUUUUUUUAAUGAAUGUUUGGCAUCUUUGUGCUGUUAUCACUUCCAGAGGAUUCUUUCCCUUGAGACGCUGCGAGAGAGAAAUAAUCAGCAGUUGCUUGUCAAAGAGCAGGAACUAGAAACUCUGAGACAGCAACUGACAGCAAGAGGAGGAGAGGUAUGCACACACGACACACAUCUGCAGAAAUAUGUGGUUUAAAUCAAAAUUGACAGUAAAGUAAUGUAGAUAAGUUUGUCUUGAAAUACCUACGAUACACAGAAAAAGAUCUGGGCACCGUGAUGCAGGGAAAAGUUCAACCCAGUCUUGUCUUUUUUGAGAACUGUGAAUAUUGCACUCUUGGCAUUUAUUGGUGGCAUGUGUAUUGUUUGUAGCAGACAAGUGUCAGAAAGUUGGGAAAAACGGUGCUUGGAUUCUGAGCUGCCACAAGAAACAGUGGGAGGGAAAUAGCUUCUGUCCCAUUUUGACAGCCGCUCAGCUUAGUGAAGUUCAGACAGACAGCAGCAACUGCAUACCAACACAUGGCAGAGAUGCACUUAUUUUCUUGUAAUUUAUAAGCCAAUCUAUCUUCCUCUGUAGUGGCUUUGUGCAUGUAUGGAGACUCGUGCCCUUUUACUGUGACACUGCUGGGGAAAUUGAUGUAAUCUGUUUGCAGUUAUCGUCUCUUAUCCUGGGGACAUCUCCACCAUUGUUGCAGAAAUUGUUUUCUAAUUUUGUCUGGUCAAGAUGGAUGGGGCUGAAACUUGGAAAUAGCAUACUGGUUAAUUAAACACAGCUAUUUGACAUUUGGAUGUCCAUUUCAGUUUGAUCACACUUGUGUCUUUCUCAUUCAUUAGGAAGUGCUAAAACUGGAGCUGCCCAGUGGGCAUUGUGCUUACUCUUACUUUCUGUAUACAAUAAAAUUUUGGGGAGGUAAAAUGAUUCUCUAGAGAAUAGAAAGUAUCCUCAGGAAACAUCAAUACGGGUUGUUUUAUUUCAUGUUGUGUGUUUCAGGUGGUCGCAUCACUGCAGGCCCAGCUGGAGCACCGGAGGAAAGAGGCUGAGCAGAGAGACAUGUUGUUCCAGAACUUGUCACAGGAGACAGAGAACCUGAAAAACCAGCUGGUCACUGUUUCUUCUAGGUGCCAAACUCUGGAAACACAGGUGGUGGUAGGUACCAACUUAUAGCCUUGGUUAGAGGUUUUCUCCUUAUUACUCUGUUGUAUUUCAUUGCUUUUAUAAUUAUGCCAUCAGAGGUCAUAACAAGUGUUCCUGGAACAAUAACUAUGGUAACAAGAGAAAGUGUUCAGUGGCUUUUCUUAGCUUAUUGGUGAACUCCCUUGAAAGGCACAAAAUCCAAUUUUUAACCUUACAUUAAAAAAAAUUCUUAAGUUUAUGUUUGUAUCACAAAUUAUUUAAGCAAUUGCUUUCAAACCCUUAUCUUCACACUUACAAUCAUAAAUAUUGACAGUCCAACAGAAACCUUGUUCUGAAAACAUAAAUUCUUUUAUUUUGAGCAAGAUUAAAUUCACAUAUUGCUAGCAAAGCAGUGGUACAUAUUUUGUAGCACAGAUAAUUAUUUGUUACAAACAAUACAGCAGCUUAAUGACUUAUUUAUGCAACAUGUAACCUUGAUACACUGUGAGAGCACAUGAAAAAUGUAAUAAGAACAUCAAGCAUCAACUGAAGAAACCUUGUUUUUCCCACAUUUGGUUUUUCAAAGUCAGAAUGAUGAGAUUUUUGCCUCACAGGAGCUUUAAGUUUUCAAAAUUUGAAGAAAAAAAAAGGUAGCUUACAAGCUUUUAACUAUUAAAUAAAUGGGCUACUGCUGUAGGUUUAUGUCAAAUUAUUACCAGAUUGGUCGAUAUUUUUAACAGGGCAAAUACGUGUGUGAGUGAAGACUAUCUUUAGAAGCUCCUCAAUGUUACAGACCAACUGAUACUCAGUCAGUAUACCUGUGCUGUGUGCCUCAGAUUAUAAGAGUAUAUUGAAGAGUCCUGUAUAUUUCAUUAGUGAAAUAAAACUUCUAUCUAGUAUGUCUGAGACUCAUUCAAGUAAGGUUUUAGAACUGUGUCCAUUUCUGGUCAUUUCAUGUUACUUUACACAUUUAUAGUAAUUAUGCAAAAUAGGCUUUUUUUCACAAUGUUCAGGUUUUCUUUUCAGAUACAUGCGUUAUCAGCCCAUCGUUUGACUCACCCAACAGCAUUGCAAAUCACUUUAAAGUUGCUGUGUAUUGAUGGCAGCAUUUGGCAGAACAGACUUGGCAGAGUUGGAGCAGAAUAUUUAAAUUAGUGUAUAUAAUAUUCAUGUAAAAGUCGUUCAGUUUUUAACUUUGAUUGAGCCUGUUAGAUCUGCACAUGGAGCAGGUUCCCUCCCACAGAGGGAUUAAAAAUAAAGAAGAGAGUAUUUAUGUAGGAAAAAAUGGUACUGGUAGACAUAUUUGAUCAUAAAAACCUGGCAAAUGGGGAAUCGUAAAGUUUUCUGUCCUUCAAGGCCAGACUGUCAACCUUUAAUUCAAACUCUUUGUAUUAAAAGGUGAAGAAAAUGUGGCUUUUUAUUGAAAUCCAGAAGAAAAGCUAACAACUUCAUGAAAUCACUAAUGAACAACGUUGAUUGAAUAAUUUCUCCUUUUAUCAAACAAUUACUGGUUCAAGGUAAAAUACUGCUUUACCAUUUUCUAUUUAAAAUCCUUUUUUUUUCAAUAUUCUUUCAUGGGGAGCUUUUAUGUAGAGGAUAUUUGUCACAUUUCACUAAUAAGAAUUUACUAUGUAGAGCAGACUUUGCUAAUCUAUGUCAUAAAAGCUAAGACAUUUACAUCAUGCUCACUACAACAAUUUUUAAAAAUCAUUUUCAAGAGGAUUGGUUUUUUUUAAUCUAAGCCUUUAAUGUUGCAGGAACCUUGCCUGCAAAUGUAGCUGCUGUUUUUCUGGUGUCCACCAGGGGGUGUUGUGGGACCUGCAAUUGUAUUCCCAGAGCUGAUGAUAUAACCUUCUCCUCUAAGGCACAAUAACUCUUACUUACUGUAGUUUGGUUACAGUAAAAUAACAUCUUUGAUUGUAGUGGCACACUGCCUUUGGGCUUUUAUGAUUAUAGAUCAGUGUAACCGUCAGAGUUGGAGCCUUUGGUAAAUCCUUGGUUCCUUCACAAUAGUUGGCUUCUGCUCUGUAUCAAAACGGCACCACUAACUCUCAGUCAGCCCUUUGAUGCUUUCAGCACAGCAGGUCUGCACUUCACUCUGAGAGAGAGCAGUCAUCAGGAUUCUCCUUGGCUUCAAAAUCACAAGAAAACACAUCAGGAGUUCAGCUAGUUGAAGACUCAGAGAUAACAUACUUAGAUCACACACAUAACUCUGAGCUUCUAGGGCCUGGAGUGAAAUAAAUUCAGGAUCACACACAUAACUCUGAGCUUCUAGGGCCUGGAGUGAAAUAAAUUCAGUGUUUCAAACCUCAUUUUGAGGAAUGGUAAAAAUCCACCAGCUUUUUAUGGUCUUCACCUUCCCUCAAAGUUUAGCCUUAUUUGCUCCUACCUUAGUUAAAAUUUAAAACCAGUUAGGAAGGAGGAUGUAUGACUUGCUUCAUGUGGAAUUGUUGAGUGCACAUAGAGAACCUGCCCACACUGACCCUUUAAAAUCACAGAAAAUUUCUGUAUUUGAUCUCAGUGCCAGUAACUACCUGUGUGCUCAAGCUGUCACAACUCUUCUACAGUGGCUGUUGGCCUUGAAGCUGUGACAUUGUUUGAUUUACAAAGAAGAGCCAAAGAAUAAAGCUGAACGGGACUUUUUGCAAAGACAGAUGUUUUGCUUUUGUUUUAUUCUCCUGUUUUUGUUCCUCCCAAAGGUCACCACAUAGCUGGAGGUAAUAUCUUUGGAGUUUUGCAGCAUAUGCAUGCAUAAAAUAUUAUGAUAUAUGGUGUUGUGAGAAAUAUAGUUGACUAUUUAAAAGGAAAUUUUUAAUCUAAAUGUCUUUAUGCUAAUUUCCCAGAACCACUUUCCUCUCUCAUUAGCUCUUCCUAUAGCUCCUUUAUUCAUUACUACUAGAAAUAAUCUGACCCAUUAGACCCUGACCCCAUGACUUCUCUCCCUUGCCCCCCUUCUUGGAUUCACAAAAGCUUUAAGCAGGCUUAGCUUAUAGGAUGUGCGUUGAAAUCUAAGUGGAAAAAGUUGACAAGAUAAUGAUGCUUGUCUGGUAGCGUUACAGCUCUCAGAGGUUUAGUGCAAAGAUGAUCGGUCCGAUUGCUACUGUUGUGACAGGGCUGCACCAGGUUUGCCAAAGGCUCAGACGCGGGGGGAUCAGACAUGAAGACCUCGGGGUCAGGAGGCAGAAUUAUGAGAUGAUGGACUGUCUUCUAUCAGUGGUCAGGGAUCAGUGUUGAGGAACUGUCUGCAGGGAUGAUGCUACUGGUCUGAUAGAGCAGUCCCUGGAUGGGUCCAUUUUUGUGGUGUCUUUUGCUGCAUAUUUAAAGAAAGAGAAAGAUCAAUCAUUCAAACUACUAAGCUGAAGUGUAGAUUUUAGCCUGUGGCAAAUCGACUUUUUUAAUGUCUGUAGAGAUUUUGCCCAAAAAACUGACACCUGACAGAAAACUGGCAACACACACAAAAAACAACACAAACAUGUAAAACUUAAAAGAGAAGGAAGUAUGCUAAUUCUUUAGAUCAACUCAAUCUGUACAAAUCCUCCUCAGUAAUGUGCUCCCUGUGCAAGUGUCAUGUCCCAGAACAGGGAAGUGUUGUUACUCGAAUCUGUCCUGGGCUAAUUUCUGGAUUGUGCUUUUCUGUAUACAGAAUGGACGGGGACCUCCUGCAGACAUGGCUUUGGUGCAGGAUCAACUGAAAGAUGUGAGUUUUUUUUAACUGUGUGCUGUUUUAUAAAUAUGACACAAACUCUCAUGUAAUUGGAAAUCAUGUAAUUUAGAGUCUAAACUACUCUUUUUCCAAGGCUGGGGGAUUAAAACAAUCUCAAGUUCAUCAAUCAAUAUUUCUAAAAUACUUACUUUGAAGGUAAUAUUAGUAGGUGCUGUCCAGACAGGCCUCAUGGGUUAUUACUUUUUGGGACAGAACAACACAUUUGGAUUAUUUUGUGAGAUUAAAAACAGUUACACUCUGCUUUCCACUUGGUUUUGAUGGAAAAAAAUAUGUUGCAGCAAUGCCAAAAAUCAGUUAAAAGAGAGUUUCUCUCUUCUCACCUUCAGGCCCUGGAGAAGAACCAGCAGUGGCUGGUGUAUGAUCAGCAGAGAGAAGCCUAUGUUCAGUCUUUACUCGCCCGCACCAAGGAGCUGGAGCAACAGCUGGCUGAGGCAACACAGCAUCAAACUAAACAAGAGGCCGGUUCAGACAGAGGGAAAUGUAAGAGUAUUUGAAUCCGAUGCACCCUGCAUGAGUUUACCCAGAGCAUAAAAUGUUAACAUGACCCAAAUAAUUUUAUCCAGCACUCUGUGCUCAGAUGCAUGCAGGAUGUGUGAAAAGGGAAAACUUCUAAGUUUGAUUUUCAGUCUUGAAAGAUUUGAUAUGAAAAAUUAAAAGGUGACAGGCUUUGAGUGAGAAGUGAACAAAAUUUGUGUGCCGCUUAGUCCAAGUACUCAGAAUUCAAUAUUGACUGCUUAUUGAAUCAGCCUUUGCUAAGUUAGCAGGUCCAGAGAAAGACGCUCAACUGAAGGGCCACUACGAGCAGUUGCUGGUGGGGUUGCAGAGAGACCUCCAGAGCCAAAAAGAUUUAGUCACCAAAACCGAACAGGAGCUCAAUGCUCAAAGAGAACAGGUAACGGUGGAGAGAAAUGAAUCUCUAGCCAACCACACUUAUAACAUUGAUAUUUGUAGCUCCCUGGAUUUUAGGAGUUCAAAGAAUUCAGUAAAUGAGAUUAUAAAAACGCUGCAUGACUCUACAGGCGCUGAGUGCUCAGGCGGAGCUGCUGUCUCAGAAGGAGCGGGUCAGCAGACUUCAGGAGGAGACAUGCCGGCUGCAGAGGAAGUUUGAGGACAAGUGCAGCGAGCUGUCGUCCUUCCUAAAGAAGUACAAUGAGAGGAGCAAAGAGCUGGAAGAGGCCAAGAUGAUGCUGCAAGCCGAGAGGCUCAGCAACAGGUACAUCUACUCUACCCCGAUUAAAAAAACUUUCCUAAUGUCCCAACUUUAAAUAUUUUUGGAAGCAUGAACGAAAAUUUGACCAGUCUGCAACAUACUGUAUGUCAGAAAAUGCAAAGAGUUUAAUUGACUUUGGAGGGAUAUAUCGAAGCCUCCAUGACUAAAUAGGAUGCAGUUAGAAACAUUUCACUGCUUUAGUGCUUUAUGAAAUUACUUGUGUGGCUGACAUAAACAUUACACUUAGACACGAAGUGUGUGAGGAGAGAAAGGUGUCGUCUGAGCGAACAGACAGAAUGAGAGCCGAGCUGGAGGGUAUGGACAUCAGACUGGAGGAGGAGAGGAAGAGAUCUGCUGAACUUCUACAUCAGGUAACACUCAAGUCUGUUUAUUUUUAUUCCAUUGAUGGAACAAAUUCCAAUACACCACCAUACAAUAUAACAAGAUAAAAACAAUAGUUUUUAUCUUUCUUAGAGUAGAUAAAAUAUUUCUCCCAAUAAAAUAAAGAAGCUCAAUAUAUUUCUGAACAUGGUAGGCUAGCCCCGUCCUAGUUUUAACAAUUUCAUCGUAUUUUUUGCAGGUAAACAUGCUGCAGAAGUCUCUAAUGGGCGAAAAUGAAGACCAGAGGAGAAUUGCAGCUCUGGAGCAACAGGUAUGAAAAAUGAUCCACCCAUUCAUACAAAAAUGCAGGUUAGCCUGUCAGAUUAGCCUUGAUGCUACAGAACAAGAUGAAGAGUUGUUACUUGUAAGGGUUUUAUUUAAUGUGCCACGUCCGUGGGAGGCCCCUGUCCGCAAUACUGCGAGAAAAUAACAAAUACUUGUGUGUUUAUUUUCAGUGCUUGACAGGAGAAGUGCUAUUUUUCCUAAGUGUUGAAAUCCAUACUGAUCCCACUUGUGCAAUCUCAGUGCAAUGAAUUCUUGGCUCUCUCCGGCUCAUAUAUUUCACUCCCCCUCCUAAGAUCCAGCUCUCUGCCAAGGACUUUGAGAAUGAAAAGAUUGAUCGUCAGAGCAUGCAGCACCAGUUACAUAAGGUUCUGAAGGAGCUCCGCAAGGCUCGAGAUCAGAUUGCUAAACUGGAGUCUGCUGUAAGUGUGCAGAUCACAACCACAUGUUCAUUAUGAAGUCUUUCAGGAAUACAGCUUCAGACUGCUCAGUCAGACACAUAAUUCUGGGUAUUUCUCCUGAGCACCUUGUUCUGCCUCAGGAAUUAAAUACUUCAGCUUGAAUGCAGUUAUUGGGAUAUUUUUCUGUAUUUUAGGAGGAGCUUAUUAAAAUUGCUUUUUCUGUCGUUCUGUGUUUUAGAAACAAACAAACGCCCGUUUCUCAGAGCCUAGCUCUUACAACAACCUGGAGUUUGAGCGUCUGACUAUCGAUGCCUCUCCUGGUCCGACGUCUCCUUCCAAAAUUACAAACCUCUUAGAUGAGAGUUUCCUUGAGUGCCCCAAGUGUCGGGCCCACUAUCCCGCCAGCCGCCACAGGGAGCUGCUCGCCCACAUCGACUUCUGCUUAGCCUGAGUCCGAAUGGUUCUCCACAACCUGGGUGUCUUGACCUCUCCUCAACCAAGAAGGUCAGCUAAGACGGUCAGACAGAGAGAAUAAAAGAUUUAGCAUACAGUCUUACUUUUCUUCUGCUUCUUCUGGCCUUUAUUUCUUUUUUUUUUUUCUCAAAUAAAAAGGGAAGAGGAUAUUGUUUGUCUAUCACCUGGUAUUUGUAAAAUCUUCCCCAUGAUCCUAGAUAAGUAGUUGAUUUGUUUCUACUGGAACAUACAGUGAAUCCUUACACUGGGUUUAUUUCAGAAGUUUUCAUAGCAGAUAUUCAUUUUAAUGCAGUGCAGUUUAUUUAAAGUCAGGAUGAAAGUUUAACAAAAUUAUACACACUCCAAUUUUUAGGCCAAAGACUCAUUCAACCAUUCACAGCCAGAAAACAAUAAUAUUUCUUGUAUAUGGAAAUUUCCAGGGAUUUUUGCAGCAUUUUUUAGAGUGUGCAUGUUUUUUCUUUUUUAUGAAGCU